AGGGGCGAAUGAAAGUGCGCAUGCUCCGUGAGUGAGCCUCGUCGUCGCGGUGGAGGGUCAUGUCAACGGUGUCGAAGGUGGUGCUGGGGGCCUCAGUGCUGCUCUCUGGAGGGAUCGUCGUCGGCGUCCAUCUGCAGCAGAGGCGCCUCAGGGAGAGGCUACGUGAAGGAGUGUUCAGAGACUUUGAAAGACAGAAUCGUAAACAAGAAUAUAUUCGCCUUUUGGAGGAACAGUCUGGUUUGGCCAAGCAACUUGAAAUGGAAAGAAGCAAAAUUCCAUUGCCUAGAGAAUCCCAGCGGUGA